AUGUCAGAAUCAAGUACAACUGCUAGUCCACAGCCAAUAAGUCUUAAUGUCAUAUCUCCAUCUACAACAAACAUUGAAUUGAUAGAAAAGAAUGUAGAUAUUAGUGGAGUUCUGUCAGAUGCCACCUCAAAUCCUCAUGAAGAUGACAAUGACAGUGUAAUUGCAGAUAUUUUCGAUGAUAUGGCAUUCAAUCAACCAAUAGAUAAUCAAAUAGAAGAACCAAUAAGCCAUCCACAAAUUUCCAAAUCAAAAAACAAAUUUCUAAAAAAGGUAAUGUUUGGCUUGGAUAGAAAAACAAGUACUUGUUGUUCAACUCAAUUUAGUUGUAUUUCUUGUUUAUCCAUGUUAGCCCUACUUCUUAAUAUUGCAUCUCUAUUAGCAAUCAUUGGUUUAUCAAUAGCUUCAAAUGUCAGUUAUCAAUCAGUCAAAGUUGUUGACGUAAUGUCACUUGUAACUGAGGCCACUAACAUGCAUACAACAAUGGGUUCUAGAGUGAGAGAAGUAUCCUAUAAUAUCUAUGGAUAUGUACCUUCCUCAGUUGUCAGAUCAUUUUACACCUCUUCAAAAUCAACUUUGUUAAAUGAUUUGAAAAAUUUUACAAAGAUUUUGCCACCAAAUGAAUUGAAAAUGUUAAAUUCGAUUGUUGAUUCGAAUUUUACAACAGUACCUAAUUCAAAGUUAUGGGAAACUGUAUUGAAUUUGAUUAGUUCUUCAAGUACAGGAGGUGGUGGUGGUCAACCUCCAACAGGUAAUGGAACUAGUCCAGUAAAUCCACAACCAUCAAGAAAUUCAACAAAUUCUGGAUCAAUGACAAAUUCAGUGAAUACUACUGAAUUGUUAGCAGCUCAAAAAUUAUUAGAAUCUGAAGCAUUUAUUAUUAGUGAAAAAGAAAAUACGAAUAAUUUUGAUCAUUUUCUUGGUCAAUUGAUACAAUUAUGUUGGGAUUCUCAUAAUUUAGCCAGAAGUACACUCAUUGCAUGUUUAGUUUUGAUUUGUGCUUCGAUAGCCCUUGUCAUUCCAUUUGCUGUUUUAAUUUUCCUAAUUGGGUUGAUUAGUUCAAGCAAAGAUGAAAAGAAACUUUUCAAAGCAAAUACUAUUUUACUAUUCGAAACAAUGGAGAGUCAAAACCUAAGACCUUUGUUUGAAAAAUUCUGUAUGAGUGCAGGUAGAGAACGUCAAUUCAAUUUCAUAUCCAAAACCAGAGAUUAUUCACAGCUCUGUAAAAGAUCCUUGGAAUUACAAAUGAGAACAUUCGAAAUUACUCAAGAUAUUCUAAAGGGAGGCGAAUUAAUAGAAAAGCCAAAUGCUCUUACUUUGAAACAAGUCAAUCAGAAUGAAAAGUUUCUUAAGGAAGUUGAAUAUAUGAAACAACAAGUUGCAUUUGAAUUAUUAGAAUGUAUGGAUAUGAAUUAUGAUAUGGGAAUUAACAUGAAUCAAAUUAAUUAUGAUGAUUUGAUUCAUCAAAUAGAUCAGUUUAAUAAUAAGGAAGAUGAUUAUCAGAUUCUUGAUAUUUUACCAGUUGAUUUAUUUGAAAAGUGUGAACAUGAAGUUGUUCAAUCAUUGAUAGAAGUGCAUAAUUAUUUUAAGCAAACUGAUGACUUUGUCAAUGCUGUCUCAAUCAUUUAUAAAUAA